AUGAUAACUUAUGCUGAUCUAUGUUCAGUGGGUACUGGGCUAAUUUUAAUCUCUUCAUCCUUUUUGAUGGGUGUUUUCUUUGCAAACCAGCCAUACGAUUAUGAUUUAUUAUUCAAUACUUCAUCAACUCAAGAGCAUUUCGAUUCUGCUUUAAAACACUACCAAACUCUAUAUAGUACUAAUCCAAGAGUUUUAUACGUUCUAUUAGGUGUUACUGCCUUGGGUUUCAUUGGUUCUAUGAUCAGAAUUUAUAAACCAAACCCUGACUUACAAUUGUUCGAAUAUACUUCAUUAGGAUUAUUCGUAUUUGCUAUUUGUGUUUUCAUUACAAACAUCAAAACUGGUAUCGAAUGUUCCAUUACUCACAAUUGGGGUGAAGUUAAUGAAAACCAGGGUUUAGCUGUCUUAGCCUCUUCAAAUAUUAUCUUCUUGCUAAUGUUGGUUGGUGUCAUAUUAUUACAAGGCGGUUUAUGGUAUACCAAUUGGGAUUAUCAAAAGAGAUUGGGUGAAUUCUUUGCAGCUGAACAAGCUGAACAAGCUCAGCAAGAAAAACAGCAACCAGAAUCUAAGAAGCAAUCUACCAAAAAAUCAAAGAAAGAAUCAAAGAAACAAAAAUGA